AUGCAGCACUGCCGCUUCGUCCUCGCCCUCGGGCCCCGCGGCGUCUGCGUGCCCCCCAACCCGCUCGCCAACGCCGGCGGCCUCCACAGGGCCGCGGCGGCGGCCGCCGCCGGCAGCGGGGGCGGCGGCGGCGGCGGGUGCGGGCGCGCGGCGUUGGAGGAGAGGGUGAAGGCCGAGGCGGGGGCGCUGUUUCAUGCGGUGACUCAGGCCAGUGAGGAGUUGGCGGAUGCGGGCAAGCGGCGAAAG